AAGAAUAUCUGCCAGCGGCCAACUCUCCUGUCUCCUAAAUGACAGAAUUCAUUUCUCUAGUCUUUCUUCCCCCGUCUCUCUAGACUUGUUUCUGAAGUCUCACAAUGGCUCUACAUCAACACCAUUUUCAGCAACACUACCAGCAAACUCAGCCACAACAACACUCAAAAAAUUUCAGGAACUUAUAUUCAAUCGACGGUCAGAUUUCGCCUUCGGUAGCUUAUUACAACACAGCAAAUAAUCUACCGGAUCAGUCUCAGCAUCCUCCAUAUAUUCCUCCCUUUCAUGUUGUUGGGUUUGCUCCUGGUCCUGUCAAUGCAACAGACGGUAGUGAUGGAGGAGUAGAUUUGCAGUGGAACUACAGUUGGGAACCAAAGCGGAAAAAAUUAAAGGAACAGGAUUUUUUGGAGAACAAUUCGCAGAUUUCAUCGGUUGAUCUCUUGCAAGCACGACCUGUGUCAACUGGAUUAGGUUUGUCACUUGACAAUACAGGAAUGGCUUCUUCUGCUGACUCGGCUAUUUUGUCACUCAUCAGUGAUGACACUGAUAGUGAACUACAGCGACAGGAUGUUUAGAUUGAUAGAUUCCUCAAACUUCAGGUCUGUUCUUUUUUAAAGAUUCUGUAAGGUAUCAAUUUCUAUGUUAUUAGAAAGAGUAAUCAAUUUCCAGAAUGGCCCUUGAUUUUGUUUUGGAGCAA